AUGACUCUUAGAAUAGAUGAUAAAAGUCGUCAUUUGUAUUUAAAUGUGGGCAACGCAACAAUCUCAUAUACAGAUUUAAGGUUGAGGAAAGAAGAGAUCGAAUCAGAUGGCAUAUCGAACAUGAACUUAGAGGUAGAAAGUGUUGAAGGUGGAGAAAUUGACGAAGGCAUUGUGCCUGAGUUAGACUUAAAUAGAUUACACAAACAUAAUGAUGUAACUUCUAGCAUAGGAUCACGUACUUCUGGUGGUGAAUCGGUAAUUUCUUACCUGAAUAAAAUAACACUAGAACUCCAAGAUAAGCUAAAUACCGUUAGAGCGGAUUAUCAGGUCAACCUAAGUAACUCCUCUAUUAAAACAUCUAGUCGCCGCAGUGGAGCUAGAAUCUCCCGUAUAGUCUCUAAUAAUCAUACUGAGGACAGUACACGAAAUGCUAGGCCACCCAGAGAAAAUAGAAUGUUAUAUCAUGAAAAUGAUAUUAGUGGCUGUGUACAUGCUAAAUCAACGACGUUUGAAGAUUCCAAAUUAUUAUCUGAGGAUGAAACUGGAUCUGCAAUUGAAUUCCAAGGGUAUAAAGAAGCUAGAGAUUUCAAUACACAUUCAACCUUAAAUCGCAAUAAAUAUAUUAUAAGUACGAAUGAUACAUCACAUGAGUGUGACAAAUAUGGUUCCAUUAUGGCAAUAAAUGUCAAUAAAUCAUCUAAUUCAACAGAACAAGACGAAAUUCCCAUUAUUGGUACUAUGUCAAAUAUGCCAUCAGGUUUUUACAAUAAGCAUACCAAUAGUCUCAAAGGAUUAGAAAAUAGUGACAUAGAUAUAAACCACGAGAACGCCAAGCCUACGAUCAAUUUAAAUGAUGAAGAAUGUGAUGAGGAUAAUGCAAUAGAAGAAGAUCUGAAUGAGCACAAAUAUAGGAAUAGCGUUUCAAAAUACAAACAUCUUACUCUACAGGAACUUAGAAGUCUAGAGCUAAAAAACGUCAAUGAGAAUAAGUCAGAUUGUUACGAAUGUAAUGUAUUGUUCGGCUCUUCCAAGGGUGCAAGAUCAAAUUCUGUUAAUGAGGAAGUUAGUAAUAACGUGGAUCUCCAAUCAGCACAAGAUACUUCUGAUAUAACCAACAAAGGCAACACAGGUAUAGAAACUUGCGAAGAACUCUUCGCUAACACCAUGGAUAGUAAAAUUGAGGUGAAGAAUAUAAGUGAAUGCAGCCUAGACCAUCUCAUCAAAUUGUCCAAAGUAAGCGAAAAAUAUGCUCUUCUUCAUGACAAAAUAGUAUCAUUUGGAGGUGAAAAUUAUGGAAAUUUUACAACAGUUGGAUAUAAUCUAUCGCACACUGAAAAUACGAACAAGUGCAUACCCAAGCCCUGGUUUGAAUAUCCACUGGUAGAAAAAUUAAAGCCCAUCAAGAAUGAUGUGUACAAUGUAUUUAAUGACUCUAGGGAAUCAAAGAUAUUACCUCUAGAAAUAGACAAAUAUACUAAGGAGAUAGAGAAGUAUAUACAUGAACAGGCCACUUACAGACUUGAUAUUGAGGACCAUGACCGCCAUAAUGUCAUGGAUCCAUUCUUAGAAUAUGAGAGGGUAAAGGAUGAGAAUAAAGAUCUCCAAGACACAGAAUGGGCAAAAUAUGGUAGGCCAAUCUCCAAACAAUGUCGUAUUGCCAAACAUGGGCGUUAA